GGCCCCUGGCAGGCUCUUCCCCCGCCGCCUCCCGCUCUCUGCCGGGUCUGAGACCCUCUCUGUCUCUACGCGUCUCGCCUCCGGCCGUGACGACAUGAGCAACAAAGAAGGAGCGGGCGGGUUCCGGAAGAGGAAGCACGACAGCUUCCCCCACGGCCCGCGGAGGGAAGGGAAGGACGUGAACGCGUCGUCCCCCGUGAUGGUGGCCUUCAAAUCCUUUCAGCAGGAACUCGAUGCACGACAUGACAAAUAUGAGAGACUUGUAAAACUCAGUCGGGAUAUAACCGUAGAAAGUAAAAGGAUAAUCUUUCUGCUCCAUAGGAUUACAAGCACUCCUGAUAUGGAGGAAAUACUGACUGAGUCGGAAAUUAAAUUGGAUGGUGUCAGACAAAAGAUACUGCAGGUGGCCCAGGAGCUCUUGGGAGAAGAGAUGCAUCAAUUCCAUAGAGCCAUUACGACAGGGCUCCAGGAAUAUGUGGAGGCCGUCUCUUUUCAACACUUCAUCAGAACACGAUCACUGAUCAGUAUGGAGGAAAUCAAUAAGCAGUUGGUAUUUACAACGGAAGACAGUGGGAAAGAAAACAAGACGCCCUCCUCCGACGCUCACGAUAAAGAGUCUGGUACUUGGAGACUGAGAAUCACCCCUGUCGAUUACCUGCUGGGAGUGGCCGAUCUGACCGGCGAGUUGAUGCGGAUGUGCAUUAACAGCGUGGGCAACGGGGACAUCGACACCCCCUUUGAAGUGAGCCAGUUCUUACGCCAGGUGUAUGAUGGGUUUUCAUUCAUUGGCAAUACCGGCCCUUACGAGGUGUCUAAGAAGCUCUAUACCUUGAAGCAGAGCCUGGCCAAGGUGGAGAAUGCCUGUUAUGCCUUGAAAGUCAGAGGCUCAGAAAUUCCCAAACACAUGCUGGCAGAUGUCUUUUCAGUUAAAACAGAAAUGAUUGAUCAAGAAGAGGGCAUUUCUUAGAAUAACAUCACCCACUUGUUAUUCUCUUGAACUCCUAAGAGAGACCAGUUUGUGAGACUGUUACUGGGUAUUGUAUCUGACUUUAUUGUGGCUUUUACAUAGGACAUUUUCAGUUUCACUUGUUUGGAAUUAUAAACAAGCUGUACAUAAAAUUAUCAAAAUGAAGCAUUUUCUACUUCUUACUCAUGAAAGCUUGCAUACAAGUGUUUGCCUAGAGGCCUGUCUGAAUUUUUGUGGGCUAAAUUCCAUCACUUGUCUCUUGUCUUGUGUGAGUGUGCCUGAGUGCGCUUUCUGCACCCGUUUCGCUUCACUUUGUGUGGGUUUUGAGUGCUAGUAAUUAGUGGAAGCCAAUCAUAACUUAAGUCGGUGGUUUUGUAAUACAUAGAAAAGACUUUCUAGUCAUACACCUGGACUUGAGCUUUUUGUUUUAAUUUCUUGGUAGUAGUGUGCCAAGCCUCCAAAAUAGGCUUAUUCCAUAGAACAGAAUUAAAAUUACAAAGUUAUCAAUAUACUUUAAUUUUAUGUGGCAUCAUGGUAAGAAUUCACAGUAUGUUCUGGCUAAUUUAGGCCACUUUGAAUCCCCAUGAUGAAAUAGCCUUCCAGAAAAAUUGACAGAUACCCAGAUGUCAGUUUCUACUUUUAACUUUUGUGCUUUAUCACAGAAAAUCGGAUAGAGAAUUGGAAUUAAUAUUGUAAUAUUUUUACUGGUGUUUUAGUUGAAUUAUAUGCUUGUACAUACAACUGUAAAACUUUUAGUGGUGAUUAGUUGGCAGUUUUUUUUUUGUUGUCUAUUAUAUUGACAUUAGGCAUGUUUGGAGACUUUCCUAUUCUAGCAUCUAUAAGAAAUUAUAUUUAAGUAAUUAUAAUGAAGUUUUGAAAUUUUUGAAAUACUAAGUUAACCCAAGCCUUUAUAGUUGUCUAGUUGUCCAGUUGUGUUCAUCGAUAGUAUAAAAGUUGCCAAAGAAAACUGAUCCUGUACAAUUCAGCAAUAAGACAAUUGUCAACACAUUGGGAACAACAAUGGUAGUUUCUAGUUACAUUUAGCGUUGGCAUUUGCCUACAGAAAUUAGUUGUAGAUGAUCCCCUGUGAUGUGAAACUGACCUGAGCAUGACCUGAGCUGUUGGUGACAACCAGACAUUUCCACUGGGUUUUGUAAGUUUUGAAAAAUUAGAAACCGGAUUUUAUUUUUUGAAAGAUUAGCUGCUCUGUUUGUAAGAGCUGAUUCUUUGAAAGUGUAAUUUACCCCCAACAAAUUACCUAGAGGAAAAAAAAACAUAGGCAUGCCGAAUAAAUUAGGUUUGUUAGUUUGUUUUGGUGGUAGUGACUUUUUUGUUUCCCUAUUCGAAGAUAGAUCGCUGAAAUGUAGUCUCAUUACAUAUUUUUGUUUCUUCUGCCACUUGAAGUUAAAUUUAUGUUAAAAGCAAAAAUAUCUUACAGAUGUUUAAAACUGAAGUCUUUGAAUAAAAUAUUAAAACAUAAAGUUAA